AUGUCUUCUCAGCCGCAACACCAGAUUACAUUCAGCUCCUCCUUCAACAAUUCCGGCGCGGGCAUAUUCAGCGCGAACACGGGCUCCGGGCCCCAGAACAACAACAAUGCUGCAAAAAAGCCAAAAAAGAAUGAUCGGAAAAUCGCAGCUGGGUCGCUAACGCUUCGGUUGUUUCUCCUGCCAAGGGGAAACAACAACAAAGUCAACUACAACGAACCGAAUCGCAACCGAUGUCUUGACGACCCCCGAUGGGUCCACCCGGCCGUAGAAAAGAGGCGUAUUGAGCAGACGAAGGGUGGUCUUCUCAAGGAAUCGUAUCGAUGGGUUCUGGACCACGAGCACUUCCAGCGAUGGCGAGACGACAAUACCACUGAGUUCCUCUGGAUCAAGGGCGACGCCGGCAAGGGCAAAACAAUGUUGAUGUGCGGCAUCAUCAAUGAACUAUCUACACUCACACAAACACACACACGGAUUGUCUCUUUCUUCCUCUGUCAAAACACCGAUUCCCGACUCAAUCAGGCUUCAGCCGUGCUGCGAGGCCUGAUCUUCGGUUUAGCAGAGCAACAACCGUCCCUUAUAUCGCAUAUCCAGCGCAGAUGGGACGACACAGGGCAUCGACUAUUCGAUGAUGCAAACGCAUUCUAUACUUUGUCUCAGAUUCUAAGCGAUAUGCUCUGUGACCCCCACACACGAGGUUGCUAUCUAAUGAUCGACGCCCUGGACGAGUGUACGACAGAUCUCUCACAACUGUUAUGCUUCAUCACCGAGCCUAGAUCUGCAUCCAUCAAGGUGAAAUGGAUUGUGUCGAGUAGGAACAACUAUGACAUAGUGCGACAGCUAUUUCUUGAUGACCCUCGGACAAGACUUAGUCUUGAACUGAAUGCCGAGCAUGUGACGCAAGCCAUCGAUACAUUCAUCGACUACAAGGUUUCCAAGCUCUUCCCUCUUAAACGCAAUGAGGCUUUGAGAGACGAAGUCAGGCUCGAAAUGCGACAAAAGGCCGAUGGGACAUUCUUCUGGGUGGCUCUUGUGGCACAGGAGCUUGAAAAGGUCAAGAGCUGGAACGUUUCUGAAGUUGUCAAGGAAAAGCCAUCCGACUUGUUGUCACUCUACCGUGAAAUGAUGAGUCGUAUUCAGGAACUGGAACGGGAAGAGAGUUUACCCACGAACGUGUCUGAUGACUUACAAUCUCUGCUGGAACAUCAGUUAAGGAUUUCCUCACGACUGAGGCAUCGCCGAUUAUUUUCCGGCAUGGACUCGAAAGUACUCACCGUGCCAUUACGGCAUGACAUGUACAACUUACGAGACUGGGGGAUCUCCAUCGACGACGUACGUCAGCCUGAGCCAAACCCCUUAGCCGCAGCAAGAUACUCGUGCACCCAUUGGGUUGACCACCUGAGCGAUGCCGAAUUGCGCAAGACCCCACCACUCCAGAAUCACCUUGGUGACAUUGAUGCCAAAAUGGUGAAGGAAUUUCUCCAGAACAAGUGCCUCUACUGGAUCGAAGCACUCAGCCUUCUCCGAGACAUACAAAAAGGGAUAAUUGCAAUAACAAAGCUCGAGAUAUUGCUCGACGUCCCGACAGGACGCGAUUUGUUCAACAUCGUUUGGGAUGCACGCCGAUUUAUCCAAUCACACGGAUGGGCGAUUGCGAACGCGCCUUUACAGGCAUAUGCUUCAGCCCUUAUAUUUAGUCCUAGGCUCAGCAACACCAGGAAGCUAUUUGAAAAACACGCCCCAGAUUGGCUUGUGACGACAUCAGCUAUCGAAAACCACUGGGAUGCUUGUCAGGCCACACUCGAAGGUCAUAGCGAUUAUGUCAAUUCAGUGGCCUUCUCCCCCGAUAGCAAGUCUAUUGCAUCAGGAUCUCGCGAUGGAACCAUCAAGAUCUGGGAUGCUAUAACAGGCCACUGCAAGAUGACAAUUGCAGAUCACGACGGCGAGGCCAACUCAAUCGCCUUCUCGCCUGAUAGCCAGUAUCUUGCGUGGGAAUCCCAAACCACUUUCAGUAUUUGGAAUACUUCAACGGGCCACAGUGCGAGAAGACUCAUGGACUAUCACACAAAUUGGAGUACAUUGGCUUUCUCUCCUGAUAGCACAUUGUUUGCAUCGGCAUCUUCUGCGGGCAUCUGGGAUACCAGAUCUGGAGACAGGAAGUGUGCCCUCCCGGCCGUUGCCAUCAAAUCCCAGGCACUAGCCUUCUUACCUGACGGACAGCACCUUGCAUCGGCAAACAUACGGGGACUCAUCAUCUCGAAUUUUACAACGGGCGUAGUUGAGGUUUCCCAUUCCCCUGACCGAAUUGGAACUUGGGUUGCCUAUACAUUCUCAGCUGAUGGGCGGUAUUUGGCCUUCAAACAGCAUGACAGGUUUAUGGUCUGGGAUAUCACAACAUCCUGCUGUGUAAGAGAAAUUCACGUUGACAAUAGGAGACCCUUAGCCUUGUCUCCUGACGGUCAGUAUCUCGCACUAGCAUGCUAUCGCUCUGUCGAUAUUUGGGAUGUUAAAACUGGUCAAUGCGCAGCAACUGUUGCAUCUCAUCUGUCUCCGUUUCACGUGGUAGCGGUAUUCUCGCCCAAUAACGGGUAUCUUGCAUCGUCAUCUUUACAUGGGAACGUCAGAGUUUGGGAUAUAACCAGGAGUGGCUGUGAAAAGGAAACGGUCGAGGAAAUCUGUGCUCCUUUUCGGUCAGUGAGCCUAUCGCCAUGCACUCGGUAUAUUGCUUCGGUAGAGGAGGAUGAGACUGUCAAGAUCUGGGACGCUCAAACCGGUUGCUUCAAGGCGAAGGAGGAGGGUGAUAAAUAUUGGGGAGGGUCAACAUUGUUCUCGUCCAAUGGUAAAUUUCUCUCAGUCUCACGUGGACCCUGGGUUGAAAUUUGGGAUACUGCUGCUGGCAACUGCAACGUCACACCGGAGUACGAUGUCCAUCUAAUUUAUCCGGGAACUUAUCCGGUAACUUUCUCACCAGACAGCCGGCGUUGGGCUUCACUGGAUGCAAACAGUAUCUCCAUCCGGGACACUGUAACGGGUAGGAAACUGAUUUCACUUACGGCGGAGCACUUUCUCUCAGCUGCAACCUUGGCUUUCUCGCCUAAUGGGCAGCUCCUUGCGUCGGCGUCUGACAACAGUGUUAGAAUCUGGGAUUCAGUAGCGGGCGAUUUCAAGGCAAUGAUCGAUUUAAUCACGGCCCCUAAAACCAUCUCUUUUGAUGAGACCGGCAUAUAUCUUCUGACUGAUGCUUUUACAUUCGAUUUGAGCGACCCGACUCAACCAGUCGCCAUCGCACAUCCGCUUGGUCUUCUGUCCCCCUCUUAUCAGCAAAAUCAAUAUGGAAUCAGUGAAAAUGGUGUUUGGAUAACUUACAAUGAUCGGAACCUCCUCUGGCUCCCAUCAGAGUAUCGGACUUCAAAAUUUUCGAUUGUGGGAUCAACUAUCGCCCUUGGCUGUGUCGACGGACGCCUCCUGGUAUUUCGGUUCUCGGGAUAG